AUGCCCUUGUCUUCUCUUCCAGCAGCUAUUUUGUCUCACAUGAUAGCCAUUGACAAUGUGCCUCCUCCCCCACUUCGCAAGUUACCAAGCUUAAAAAUGCCUAAGAACAUUAAUUAUGGUCAGUUGGAUGUAUUAUGCCGCAUUAGAGGAAAAUAUGGCCAUUCUCACAGUAUGUUAGCAACUCAUGAGGCAUUUAUGGCACAAUAUCCUAAAAUAUUUCUGCACAAAGAACCCAGAUUGCCUAAAAUUUUCAAACCGGUGGAAGAAAGAAAGCUUAGGAAAGAGACAAGAGAAAGUCAACAACACCUUGAUGAUUCUCACAAUAUAGCUGUCCAUGUUCGAAAAGCACGUGGUGGCUCUACUUUAUAUGGAGAAAAAUAUACUCCAGAGAUGUUUGCAGAAUUUCUAGAUAUUGUAAGGAAACUGCCCAUUGAAAGAACGGCACACGAACACAAUGUUGUAUGGAAGAUGCUGAAGACAAUUCCAGAACUAACCUCACAGCUAAAAGAUGAGCAUCUGAGAACACUUAGUAAAAAUAUCAUUUCUGAAACCUGGAUCAAAGGCAGCACAGUGUACGGAAAUGAUGGAUUUUAUAUAAUACUGAAAGGCCAAGCUCGACCUCGCAUAAAAGUGUAUAAAAACCUGUUGGAAGACACUAAAUCAACAGCCUCUUUGCCAUCUCACAGCAGCUUUAUAUUUGAUGAAGACUUUCCAAAUUCUCUACUUUCUGGGUUGUACGUACCUUCACAUGACAUAGUGCUGGGACAAUUGAGUACUUUUGGAUCACUGAAGAUUACACCUGAGAUGGAAUUAGAAAUACAGUCAGUGGUGACAGAAGACAAUUGUGAAAUUCUUAAAAUCCCUGCAAAGGAAUAUGAAAAGUUAAAACUGGAAAAAGUAAAAAGUGAAAAUUUACAAAAGUUGAAAUUAAUCCGUAAGUGUCCUUAUUAUAUGGAAUGGUCUACUUUAUCCAUAUAUGUGCUAAUUCCACUUCUUAAAUGGAAAAAAUUUCCUCCAGGUCAUGUGAUUGUAAAAAGUGGAAAUAUCAUUUCUUUUGUGGCUUAUAUUCAUUCUGGAUAUUGUAACAUUUAUAGAAGUAUGAUAGGACUUAUGAAACUACAAACAAAGAAAGUGAAAAAAAUUCGAAAACUUGUUUAUAUGGGUACACUUAAGAAAAAUGAGUCAUUUGGUGAGAUCAGUGUUCUUCUUCAAGUUCCGUUCCCUUGCACAGUCAUUGCUGGAACAGAGGUCGAGGUGGCAAUCAUUGAGGAUAAAGACAUAUUGGGAAAAGAAUUAGACCAACUGACCCAGCAACUUAUGAUCCAAACUGCUAAAACAACUUUUGACCAUCUGACAGAAGAAGAUGUCAAAAAUGAAUAUCUGAAGAAGACAAAACAAAAGGAAUGGAAACAGUUAAAGGAUAAAACCAUGAAAAAUUGCCUGUUUUACAAUGGAAUUAUUCCAGGCUUUGGAAAAUGGAACCAUCACUGGACUAGCAUUCCAAGAAACCUCAAGGAUCCUCUAAUAAUUUAUUAA